GGAUCUCUGGUUGGAGAUCCCUCUUUGGUGGAGCUUUCCUCUGUGAGCCUGGAAUCUCCUGAUACGGGGCUUCCGAAGCAGCUGAGGACAGAACCAUAAGGAAUGCCACGCAGUAAGUGCUAAACAAACUGGCACAGAAAGGAUCAAAAAAGAUGGCAGUCUGUAUUUGAAAUAAUUAAACAUACGGACUCUCACUGAUAAGAAAUCAUGUCAAAAAAAGGACGUAGCAAGGGCGAGAAGCCUGAGGCACUAAUUGUAGCCCUACAGGCUGCCAACGAGGAACUCAGGACCAAGCUAACAGACAUUCAAAUUGAGCUGCAUCAGGAGAAAUCUAAGAUUGCUAAACUUGAAAGAGAGAAGACUCAAGAAACAAAGCGUAUCCGUGAAGUGGAGCAGCGCAAGCAAACUGUGCAAAUCACAGAGCUAAAAGCCAAACUCCAUGAGGAGAAAAUGAAGGAGCUGCAGGCUGUAAGGGAGAACCUCAUCAAACAACAUGAGCAGGAGAUGACACGAAUGGUGAAAGUCCGAGACAGUGAAAUCCAGCGUCUCAAGUCAGCGUUGUGUGCACUGCGGGAUGGCAGCAGCGAUAAAGUAAGGACAGCCCUGACUAUUGAGGCUCGUGAAGAGGCCAGGAAACAGUUUGACUCUGAGCGCCUUAAGCUUCUGCAGGAAAUUACUGAACUUAAGUCUGCCAAAAAGCAGGUAGAUGAGGCCUUGAACAAUAUGAUCCAAGCUGACAAGAUCAAAGCAGGUGAUCUUCGAAGUGAGCACCAGUCCCACCAGGAAGCCAUUUCUAAGAUCAAAUGGGAGAGCGAGAGGGAUAUUCGCCGCCUGAUGGACGAGAUCAAGGCUAAAGAUAGGAUCAUAUUUUCCUUGGAGAAAGAACUGGAGACACAGACGGGCUACGUGCAGAAGCUGCAGCUGCAGAAAGAAGCUCUGGAUGAACAGCUUUUCCUGGUGAAGGAGGCAGAGUGUAACAUGAGCAGUCCCAAGAGGGAGAUCCCAGGAAGGGCCGGGGAUGGCUCUGAGCACUGCAGCAGCCCUGACUUGCGCAGGAACCAGAAGAGGAUAGCUGAGUUGAAUGCAACAAUCCGGAAACUGGAAGACAGGAACACACUGUUGGUUGAUGAACGAAAUGAACUGCUGAAGCGUGUCCGAGAAGCUGAAAAACAAUGUAAACCUCUCCUGGAAAAGAACAAGUGCCUCACAAAGAGAAAUGAUGAACUGAUGCAGUCUUUGCAGCGCAUAGAAGAUAAGCUCAAAGCAGUCACUAAAGAAAACAUAGAAAUGAGAGAAAAAAUGACAUCGCAUCCUCCACUAAAGAAACUAAAAUCUCUCAAUGACCUGGAUCAGGCUAAUGAAGAACAAGAAACAGAAUUUUUAAAGCUUCAGGUCAUAGAACAACAGAACAUAAUUGAUGAGUUAACAAGGGACAGGGAAAAACUCAUUCGUCGCAGAAGGAGUAAAAGGAGUUCAAAGCCAAUUAAGAGACACGUGAUAGACACAGUUUUGGGGUAUGAUGAUGAUUCCAUGGACUCUGAAACAUCCUCAGUGGCCUCAUAUAGAACAGACAGAACACCAGCAACUCCAGAUGAUGAUCUGGAUGAGAGUUUAGCUGCAGAAGAAUCAGAGCUGCGGUUUCGACAGUUGACAAAGGAAUAUCAGGCCCUGCAGAGAGCUUAUGCACUACUGCAAGAGCAAACAGGAGGCGUCAUAGAUGCUGAAAGAGAAGCCAAGGCUCAGGAGCAGCUCCAAGCAGAAGUCCAGAGAUACAAAGCCAAAAUAGAAGAUUUGGAAAAAACUUUAGCACAAAAAGGACAGGACUCCCAUUGGGUGGAAGACAAACAGCUUUUCAUUAAGAGGAACCAAGAGCUUUUAGACAAGAUAGAGAAACUGGAAGCAGAAAACAGCCGUCUGCAACAGGAGCUACAGGAUGCCCGGGACCAGAAUGAGCUGCUGGAGUUCCGCAACCUGGAGCUGGAGGAAAGAGAGAGACGGUCCCCACCAUUUAAUCUUCAAAUUCACCCAUUCUCAGACGGUGUGAGUGCUCUACAGAUAUACUGCAUGAAGGAAGGGGUGAAGGAUGUCAGCAUCCCAGACCUCAUAAAACAACUAGACAUCCUAGGUGAUAAUGGGAAUUUAAGAAAUGAGGAGCAAGUGGCCAUAAUUCAGGCUUCCACUGUAUUGUCUUUGGCAGAAAAGUGGAUUCAGCAGAUUGAGGGAGCUGAGGCUGCUCUGCACCAGAAGAUGAUGGAACUGGAAAGCGAUAUGGAACAAUUUUGCAAAAUAAAAGGUUAUUUGGAGGAAGAGCUAGACUACAGGAAGCAAGCUCUUGACCAGGCAUACAUGAGGAUCCAGGAGCUUGAGGCCACCUUGUACAAUGCUUUGCAGCAAGAAACGGUGAUAAAGUUUGGAGAACUGCUCACUGAAAAACAGCAGGAAGAGCUCAGGACAGCAGUAGAAAAGCUAAGACGCCAGAUGCUGAGGAAAAGCAGAGAAUAUGAUUGCCAGAUUCUUCAGGAGAGGAUGGAGCUGCUCCAGCAGGCUCAUCAGAGGAUCCGAGAUUUAGAAGAUAAAACUGACAUCCAAAAGAGACAAAUUAAGGAUCUGGAGGAAAAGUUUCUAUUUCUAUUCUUGUUCUUCUCUCUUGCCUUUAUUCUUUGGCCUUGAUGUCAAUGUGCCUCUUGAAAAGAGCACCCGACCACACAGAUUUGUCCCUAGAAAAGCAAAUGCUUCCAACCUCCCCAAUGAAGAGAACCUUGUUUACAUCUAUUUAAAAAAAAAAAAUACAAAUGAACAACCUGUAGCCAAGACCAUAACCACCUUGUAUUUUAAAGCCAUCACUCAAGAUUCAUUAAUGGACAGUUCCUGUCUAAAGCUAUGAUAUAUGCUGCAUCUAAUGAAGUUCUAUAUGUUGAAAUUACAAAAGGGGAAGAAAUAUAAACUGUCAACCUACAUUGCUAAAGAAAAACUUAAAGGGAAUCAGCAAGGCUCCACUUCCAGCUGACUGAGUCAGAGUGUGUCUUGGGCAUGGAACCAAAGUUACAACAGAAAAAUCUAUCCCUGCUGUGCAGGGCAGUUGUUUAAAUGUGACACUGUCAUCCCACAAACAGAUCAAAAAUAAGAGGAAAGAGUAGGAGAAACACUUAGGAUGUGCAGAGAGGUACUGACCAUAAAGUGUUCUGUUUGAACCAUUGGACUUUCUCACUGCAGGGGGACUCUUUCUCUCUCCCUUUGGUUUUCACCUCAGGAACAGUGACAGCUGCAAUGUGGGGGCAAAAAAAAAGGAGAAAUGUAUUCUGGCUUAUUGCACUGUGGGCAGGACAAGACACCGUGUUUUGUAUUUGAGGUCAUUAUAAGGCACUAUUCUACAUGGCAGAGGAAGGGAAGAAUCAGAUGUGAGACAUAAGGAAUGUUUCUGGCAGAGUUGUAGCCUUAUCUCUUCAUACUCCAUGCAUGAAGAAAAGCCUGUCCCUUGUCAGAUACUUCUCAGACUUCCAUAUUUGUUUUCACUAAAAGAAUAAUGUACUGACAAGCACUGGAUUGAACUUACAGCGUGGCUUCUGAGGAAGAAAAAGAUGUGUUCAAGGGGAAAGGAAAGAAAGCAGUCCCCAGUGUCUACGUUAUAUGAUCCACAAAGCAUCAGCUUUUAGACAUUCUGUUCCUACUGAGCAUAAGAAACCUUUAUAAAUGUUUUGGUUUGGCUUGUCAAACUGAUUUUGUUAGCUGGCUUCUUGACCAAGAACGCGUUUACCAAAUAGUGGGGAAAGCCAUGUGAAAACAUCUUUACUAAAAAACAUCUUUACUAAAUAUGAAGAGUAGUGUCAUUAGUCUGUUUAGAUUUUUCCAUAAUUAAGAAUAACUAGAAGUCAUUUCCAUUUCAAAGCAUUAUGUAUCUCUUUCAUGACCAAGUCUGGAACCCAGUCCUGCUGUCUCCCUAAGGCAAGCAGGCAUGCCAUCACAGCUGCAUGUCCCUUUAGUUGGUAAAAAGCAAACCCCAAGGAGAGCUGGCACCUGCAACAAACCCUGCCAAGCUUCUGUGUCUGUUGGAUGCACCUUUGCUUCCAUCUUUCCUUUCCUCAUGGUGUUCUGUAUGAGCUAGGCAUGGCAAUGCACUUCUCUGCCUCUCUUUUUAUUUCCUGGAAACAGAGUCUUGCCUGUGCAGACUUCAGGUUCCUGUGGCAAAGCUUAUUUGAGCUGUCUCUUCCACAGUGGAGCCUUAAUUUCAGCUGGGAAAAAAAAGGAUUUCCAUAUAACAGUGUAGAAGAUGGUCUGUGCAUUACUUAAACCUUCAAAAGAGGGCUCACACAUUCCAAAUUUUAUGCACACGGACUCUGCAUACUAGAAGCUUUAAAAGUGCUUUACAAAGAGUCUUGCCUUUGUUUGCUUGUUCAUUUUCACAGAUGAAGCAACUGAGGCACAAAGCAGUGAAGUAACUUUGUACAGCAACUCAGGAGGGCAAAAGCUAUUCCCUGGCCAUAGCAGGAACAAAGUUUAGCUAGUGCAGAGGAUGCCUGCCCCUCAGAUGUUUUGGAGUUGAAAUAGCUUCUACUCAUUAAGCCCAACACUGGGCUCUGUUUGUCCAGAGACUGAGAAGAUCCUCGUUUCAUGCAUGUCUGGAAGUUCUGCUGAGCCCUCCAUUAAAGGUUAGCAGCUACUAGCAAGUUUCUGCUCCUUCAAAUUAAUUUAAAUUGCAAAAUGAAUGGAGCUGUGUGAAGUAGUCUGUUUUAGUCAAGGGGUUUACUGAAUUCUGCACUAGCUAUAUGUUUGUUGGCCCCAUUUUACUUUAUUUUUUUUUAACAGACUUGUAGGCGGGUAUGUUACAUGAAUGCUGGUAUGUUUGCAUGCUCUGUGUUGCAGAAGAAUCUGUGGAUAAGGUUGGCCCAAACCUAUCACCUGUGCUUUCCAAGGGUGCUGCUGCCAAUUCAGUCAUGAAGCUUUGGAGUCAGGCCCUUUGAGAGCCUCCUCCACACCUGUGACACAUUGGGAUCACUUCACAAUUUCUUGUUAACUGCAAGAAGUUUUUUUUUCCUGUCUGGUAUUCCUUCUUCCCCUUUCCACUGUUCUUUCUCCCUUGCUGGAGCACAAGUUUGUUCUGUACUUGGCUGCAGUAGUAUGUAGGAAGUAAAUGCAGCCUGCAAACUUUUCUUAGACGUUAUAAUGCCAGGCUCAUCUUUAAGAAGCAUGAGCACAGCAUGUGUUUUCCAUGGUGGUGCAAUAACUUCCAUCUCUGCUUUGGUUUAAAAAAAAAAAAUGAAUACUGGAAAUGUUUGUUACAGACAAUCGCAGAGCAGAAGCAUAGCACAGAUAACAUUAUCUGGUUUUAGAACAUACCUCGCUGAUUUUGUGACAGGCUUCAUAAUUUAGGCCCUCUGAGCUGCGCUGUGCACAUCUUGUGCUCAUUUCUCUUGCCUGAUUUCCCCUCCCUUACUCUUUCUUAUUACAUAUGCAUGCAGGUGCUGUAUUUCCAAGGGCUUAGGGAGGGUGGGAGGUGGCAGAGCAUCCACAGGUUACUGUGGUGUGACGUGUAAAUGGUUGCAAACUUUAGAAAGAUUGCUAAAGUCCCUCCAGAGAACUGAACAACAGCUGCUUUAUUAUUCUUGCAGCAUUACAUGAGCCAUGCCUAAAACACACUUGUUGGUAAAAUACAAGCUUACUCCUCUCAGCCUGACAAAAAUGAGUUUGACACAAAAUGUUUGGCUAUAUAUAUGUGUAUCUAUAUUAUAUAGAUACAUACAUAUACAUAUAUAUGCACAUCUAUCUGUCUGGUCACUACUGUAUAUAGGAAAUCAUUGCUAUAGCUUAUGAAAGUGUAUUUCCAAUCUAGGUAUGGGGAAUUCAAUCUAGACUUGUUUAGCUACAGCAACUGGUACACUCAUGGUUUAGUUUUACAUCUUAUGUGCAACUUCUUUGUGGUUCUGUUUUUCCUUACUUUGCUUUCUCUUUUUUUCUUUUUCCCUCCACCAUUCUUUGUCCUGAAGCUGUCAUCCAAGGCUUUCUGUUUUUCCCGAUGUUCUCUGAGGCAAGGUAUUGAGAGUCCUCUCAAAUGAGUCUCUGCAGCCCCUCCCUUAAAUCAGCCAGCAAACCCACAGCAAUUUAUUUCAGUCCUUGAGGACUGUAAACAUAGCCCUGAUUCCUCCUGUCUGUACUAGAGCAGGACCACAGCACUCCACUACUUCCAAACCAGCACAGCAGUAGAUGAGGCACAUACAUAAUGAAAGUUAGCUGAACAAAAAUCAAACUUGCCACUUUUUCUCCCCUUCCUCCACCAAAUCAGGAGAGUUCAAAGACACUUAUUUCAAUUCAAGCACUUCAGACAAAGACGUAAUUGGUGAGAUGAAUUUAGGCAGUUUGGUUUGAGAAAGAAAUAGGGCUUCUUGCAGUAUUACCAGCCUGGCUCACAGCUGUAUUCUCACUGGCAUGCCUGGAGACCCAUGUAAAUUUUAUUUUAUUUUGUUUUUUUUUGCACACACAGUCCAUUUUCCAACUCCCUGCUGUCAUCUCAGUGGGGAAUAUCCUCUGAAACUCCAAAGCUUUCAGUUUCCUGGCACUCCGUGAGGACUGGAUAGGCCAGGCUUCUCAGUAGGGUGAGGUUCAAUGAACAGCCAUACAGUGGCUGGUGACUGAAAGUUUUUUUUACUUGUUUAUUUUUCCUUGCCCUCUUUCACAUCAGUACCUGUUUUUAGAUAUAAUUUUGUUCCUUUUUUUUUGGUGUUUACUCCAGAACAGAAGUGUUAACGAUUUGGCAGAAUGACCCUUUGAUAAACACUGGACACGUAUCUGUAUUAUAUGUAUUAAUGUGUAGAAGAGAAUCCUUACUGUAUGUAAAGUUUUAUGAAUGGUUAUUUUUUAAUUUAUGUAUUUAAUAUAGGAUUCAAUGACCUCUGGUGUUUUAGUUUGUAUAAAGAAAAAAUAAAACAGCAGCAUUUUUUAAAAAAAAAUCUCACUCUACAUUCACAGCGAUGUUUAGUGUCCGUCUGGAAUCUGUUUGGUGGUGCGGGUGGCAGAGCCCCAGUCCAGCUGCUGAGAGCUGGGGGAGUCUUCUCCUCUGCAGGUAUCCAAACCCUCCGGCCGCCUUCCUGUGCAGCCUGCUUGUGGGGCUGGGCUGGGGCAGCCCUGGAGGUCCCUUACAACCCCUGUGGCUCUGUGACUGCGUCAAGUUAAGGCUGAACGACUAAGACGUGCAGAAUGCACCUUCCUGGCCUGCUGUGCUCCGGCGCGCUGCUUACAGCCUGCAGGGCGACUGGCGGGGCCCGGGGCUGUCGGAGCUGGGAGCGCAGGUGCAGGGAGAGCCGCCGCGGAUGUGCUGCGCUGGUUGGUUGGUGGGAGGAGGGCAGGCAGCUCUCCCAGCUUGGUCCCGUCUCUGCGUUACUGGCUUUGUGCUACGCCCGUGUACUGAGGAAAAAAAAAAAGAGCAGAUGCUGCCUGUUCCGUGCAGCUCAGGUAGAUGGGGCGCCCUUACCGGGCUCUGCCUCGCUUUGGGAAAAAGACAUCAGAAUUUAUUUUACAAACUCUUCACGCCAACGCUCUGAGCUGCUGAGAGCUGACUUCCUACGCCAGCCUGUGAAAAAGAACGGCGCUCAGCUAACUGCCGCAGGGAGGCCGCGCGGUACGCAGGUGAUGCGCAGCCCCGGCGGUCGGAACGGCGGAACGCCGUGCUGCGCGCGG